GCACUCGUACAGUUGCGGGUCAGAGUUCAAACGUUACAGUAAAAAUAGGAUAUUCGCUGGUUGUUGCCUGUGUGCUUAGCGGCAAAAAACAAACCACUUGGCGGCCCCGGAGCUUGUCGCUCGGUUGUCACGCCGCCGACCACCAGCCCGAGAGCCCGAAGAUGACCGUCAGCUGAUCGGUGCGGGCUCCUGUUCGGUUGUCGGUGGAUUUACCGACGGCGGCUAGCUGGGGGCUCGCGCUAGCAGGCUAGCAAGCUAGCGGGCUAGCGGCUAGGGGACGAGGGGAGCAAACGGCCCCCGCCGCUCGUCACGUCACCGGAGCCCGGACACCGCAGCAGCUAUGUUCGUCCAGGAGGAGAAGAUAUUCGCGGGGAAGGUGUUGAAAAUCCACAUCUGCACCAUGGACGGCGCGGAGUGGCUGGAGGAAGUGACGGAGGACACCACGGUGGAGAAACUGAAGGAGAAGUGCUUGAAACAUUACGUUCAUGGAAGUCUAGAAGACCCCAAAACUCUCACCCAUCACAAGCUGAUCCAUGCUGCUACAGAGCGAGUCCUGACGGACGCUAAGACGGUCGCAGACGAAAACCUCAAAGACAAAGAGGUUCUGCUGCUCAUAAAGAAAAGACCGCCCCCGACGCCUCCAAAGACGGCAGACGUUGGUUCAGAUGAAAAGAAGAAACAAGAUACCAAAGCUCCAGACAAAGACGCCAUCCUGAAAGCCACCGCCAGCUUACCCACACGGCACACCGACCGCACUGUAACGCAGCACAACAUCAGAGACUUUCAAACGGAGCUGAGGAAAAUCCUGGUUUCUCUCAUUGAAGUGGCUCAGAAGCUUCUCGCCUUGAACCCGGACGCCGUGGAGCUCUUCAAGAAGGCCAAUGCGAUGCUGGAUGAAGACGAGGAGGACCGCGUGGAUGAAGCGGCGCUGCAGCAGCUCACUGAGAUGGGUUUCCCCGAGAGCCGAGCCAUCAAAGCUCUGAGACUAAACCACAUGUCAGUGACUCAGGCCAUGGAGUGGCUCAUUGAGCAUGUAGACGACCCGUCCGUGGACGCGCCGCUGCCAGGACAGGAGUCGUCCGGGGCGACGGGAGCUGCCACGGUGGCUGCAUCAGGAGCGGCGACUGGAGCGGCCGCCGCCACGCCGGGGCUCUCGGCGUCGGCCUCUUCCCCCUGCUGUAACCUCCUUCGCAGCCAGUCCAGCUCGGACGAGAGCAGCAGGCAGGAUGAACUCACAGAGAUCUUUAAGAGGAUCCGCAGGAAAAGAGAGUUCAGACCAGAUUCACGGGCUGUCAUUGCUCUGAUGGAAAUGGGCUUCGGUGAGAAGGAGGUGAUUGAUGCUCUGAGGGUCAAUAACAACCAGCAGGAUGCUGCAUGUGAGUGGCUGCUGGGGGACCGGAAACCGUCUCCUGAAGAUCUGGACAAAGGCAUCGACACCAACAGCCCUCUGUUCCAGGCCAUCCUGGAAAACCCCGUCGUCCAGCUGGGCUUAACCAACCCCAAAACCUUGCUAGCUUUUGAAGACAUGCUGGAAAACCCACUGAACAGCACCCAGUGGAUGAACGACCCGGAGACCGGCCCCGUCAUGCUCCAGAUAUCCAGAAUCUUCCAGACACUCAAUCGCACAUAGAGCCGCCCGGUGGGACUGUGUGUGUGUGAUUACACUGGGAUGCUGUAUGCGUGUGUGUUUGUGUGUGUGUGUGUGUGUGUGUGGCAGAGACACAAAUAUACUUUUUCUUUUUGGCCUUGUGAAGAAAAUGAGGAGAGUCCAAGUAUGAGUUCAGAUGUUACAC